AUGGCGGAGUUCGCGCUGCCGCGGCACAGCGCGGUCAUGGAGCGCCUCCGCCGGCGCAUCGAGCUGUGCCGGCGCCACCACAGCACCUGCGAGGCCCGCUACGAGGCCGUGUCGCCGGAACGCCUGGAGCUCGAACGCCAGCACACCUUCGCCCUGCACCAGCGCUGCAUCCAGGCCAAGGCCAAGCGCGCCGGCAAGCACCGGCAGCCACCCGCACCGGCCCCAGCGCCCGCUCCAGCCCAGCGCUUGGACGCCGCCGACGGCUCCGAGCACGGCCGUCCGGUCGCGCAUCUCCAUGAUACGGUGAAGAGGAAUCUUGAUAGCGCUACCUCCCCUCAGAAUGGUGAUCAGCAGAAUGGCUAUGGAGACCUCUUUCCUGGGCAUAAGAAGACACGCCGGGAAGCCCCUCUGGGAGUGGCUGUCCCUGCCAAUGGCCUGCCUCCAGCCUCCCCCCGGGGGCAGCCUGACAAGCCUCCUGGUGGAGAUGCCCUCCAGCCCAGCGGGAAGCACUCGCUGGCCCUUGACUCUGUCAAUAAGAAGUGUCUGGCUGACUCGAGUCUCCACUUGAACGGAGGCAGUAACCCCAGUGAGUCCUUCCCUAUGAGCUUGAACAAAGAGCUGAAGCAAGAGCCUGUUGAUGACCUUCCUUGCAUGAUUGCUGGGGCUGGGGGCUCCAUAUCACAGAGCAACCUCAUGCCUGACCUGAACCUGAAUGAACAGGAGUGGAAGGAGCUCAUCGAGGAGCUGAACCGGUCAGUGCCCGACGAAGACAUGAAGGAUCUCUUCAAUGAGGACUUUGAAGAGAAGAAGGACCCUGAGUCUUCAAGUGUAGAAGGGCAUCUCCAUGAUACGGUGAAGAGGAAUCUUGAUAGCGCUACCUCCCCUCAGAAUGGUGAUCAGCAGAAUGGCUAUGGAGACCUCUUUCCUGGGCAUAAGAAGACACGCCGGGAAGCCCCUCUGGGAGUGGCUGUCCCUGCCAAUGGCCUGCCUCCAGCCUCCCCCCGGGGGCAGCCUGACAAGCCUCCUGGUGGAGAUGCCCUCCAGCCCAGCGGGAAGCACUCGCUGGCCCUUGACUCUGUCAAUAAGAAGUGUCUGGCUGACUCGAGUCUCCACUUGAACGGAGGCAGUAACCCCAGUGAGUCCUUCCCUAUGAGCUUGAACAAAGAGCUGAAGCAAGAGCCUGUUGAUGACCUUCCUUGCAUGAUUGCUGGGGCUGGGGGCUCCAUAUCACAGAGCAACCUCAUGCCUGACCUGAACCUGAAUGAACAGGAGUGGAAGGAGCUCAUCGAGGAGCUGAACCGGUCAGUGCCCGACGAAGACAUGAAGGAUCUCUUCAAUGAGGACUUUGAAGAGAAGAAGGACCCUGAGUCUUCAAGUUCUAACACACAGACCCCCUUGGCACAGGACAUUAAUAUUAAGACGGAAUUCUCGCCAGCAGCCUUUGAGCAAGAACAGUUAGGUUCUCCACAAGUGAGAGCUGGGUCUGCAGGACAGACCUUCAUGGGGCCUUCAUCUGCUCCUGUGAGCACAGCUUCCCCCAGCCUCGGGUCCUCUCAGACCAUGUUCCACACUUCUGGUCAGCCCAGGACAGAAAAUACCAGUGCAAACCUGAUGCAAUCAUCAGCCCAGACCCAGAAUGCACAGAGAGCCCGCUCUGGUGUGGUGCUGCCCAGCCAGGGCACAGGAGGGGGUGCAGAGCUGUCCUCUGCUCACCAGCUCCAACAGAUAGCUGCCAAGCAGAAGCGUGAGCAGAUGCUCCAGAACCCACAGCAGGCCGCCCCGGCCCCAGCCCCAGCCCAGAUGUCCACAUGGCAGCAGACAGGGCAAUCCCACAGUCCCUUAGAUGUUCCUUAUCCCAUGGAGAAGCCUGCCAGCCCUGCCAGCUACCAGCAAGACUUCAAUAACUCCAAACUGCUCAUGAUGCCCAGUGUAAACAAGAGCUCCCCUCGGCCUGGAGGCCCCUACCUCCAGCCCAGCCACGUGAACCUGCUGAGUCACCAGCCACCAAGUAACUUGAAUCAGAACUCCGUGAAUAACCAGGGGCCCGUGCUGGAUUAUGGCAAUACAAAGCCCCUUUCUCAUUACAAAGCAGACUGUGGGCAAGGAAGUCCUGGGCCUGGCCAGAGCAAGGCAGCCAUGCUGGCUUAUCUACCCCAGCAGCUGCCUCACCUCAACAGCGAGCAGAACCCCUUGUUUCUUAUGAAACCAAAGUCAGGAAACAUACCCUUCAGGUCCCUGGUUCCACCUAGCCAGGAGCAGAACCCCGCUAACGUCCCUCACGCGUCCACAUCCGUGCCAACCCAGGCCACAAGUGUGGGGACCCAGCCACCUGCCGUGUCCAUGAGCAACACUCACAACAGCACUUCAUAUCUCAGUAGCCAGCAGCAGGCAGUGGUAAUGAAGCAACAUCAGUUGCUUUUGGACCAACAGAAACAGAGGGAGCAGCAGCAGAAGCACUUGCAGCAACAGCAGUUCUUGCAAAGGCAACAGCACCUUCUGGCAGAAAAGGAGAAGCAGCAGUUUCAGCGCCAUCUGACCCGCCCACCACCCCAGUACCAAGAUCCGACACAAAACACCUACUCACAACAGGUUGGACAGUUCACAGGAUCCUCUGCUGCUGUGCCUGGCAUGAAUAACUUGGGUCCGUCCAACUCCAGCUGUCCUCGAGCAUUCCCUCCGACUGGGAAUCUCAUGCCACUGGGCCCUGGACACAGUGUGGUUUCCUCUCUGCCCUCCAGCUCGGGCCAGCAGGAUCGGGGUGUGGCUCAGUUCACUGGCUCCCAGAGCCUGCCACAGAGCAGCCUCUAUGGCAUGACCUCAGGCAUAACCCAGAUAGUUGCCCAGCCCCCGCAACAGGCCACCAAUGGACACACCCACAUUCCACGGCAGGCCAGCGUGAGCCAGAACGCCUCGGUCUCAGCUGCCUAUGGGCAGAACUCUCUGGGGAGCUCUGGCCUCUCCCAGCAGCACAGUAAGGGGACCCUGAACUCUGCUUUAACUAAGCCACAGGUGUCAAGGGUGUCAGCAGCCAUGGGAGGCCAGAAUCCGUCGUGGCAGCAUCAGGGAAUGCCUAACCUGAGUGGCCAGACCCAAGGGAGCCCCAGCGUAAGCCCCUUUACUGCAGCCUCCAGUUUCCACAUGCAGCAGGCCCACAUGAAAAUGUCCAACCCACAGUUCUCCCAGGCGAUGCCCACCAGGCCCAUGGCCCCCAUGAGCUCGGUGGCCGCGGCGGGGUCCAUGCUGCCCUCCGUGAACACGCAGCAGAGAACCAGCGCACCUGCACCACCACCUCCACAGGGACCCCCACCACAGGUCCUGCCAGGACUGAGCCCGGCCGUGCCUGAGCUGGGGGCCUUCAGCCAGAGCCCAGCCCCACAGAUGGGGGGCCGGGCAGGGCUGCACUGUGCCCAGGGCUACCCGGUGCGGACCGCGGGCCAGGAGCUGCCCUUCGCCUACAGUGGGCAGCCAGGCAGCAGCGGGCUGCCCAGCAUGGCUGGGGAUACCGACCUGAUCGACUCCUUGCUGAAAAACAGGACUUCAGAAGAAUGGAUUAAUGAUUUGGAUGACCUUUUAGGAUCACAGUAAUGGGAGAAUUUAAGAUGUUUUUAGUGUUCAUACAACCUAUAUUUUUGUUCUCAGAUUCAAGAAAAAACAACUACUUCGGACCAAAAGCCCAUGGACAGGGAUCUGGGCCGGUGAAGCCAGAGCCCAGUGUUAGGGCCCAGCCCAGGCAGGCUCUGCGGGCACGUGGCUCCCAGGCCAGCAGUUGUGGUAUGUCGGGCUGGCUCCAGCCCAUCUGCUGGCUUCAUUACCUGGUGUUGGGACAGCAGAGUAUUCUAAAGGUGGUUUUCUGUCCAGAUGACCAAAAAUCCAACAGAAACAACAACAGUGAAAUCUCACAAUGUCAGGCUUACAAAAAAAAUCUGCGCCGUCAUGUUGACUUAAUCCAAGGUUUCUUCAUUGUCCCAGUUUUGGGGACAAGUUUUUGUUGAAACUUUUUAUAUAGCAGAAUUAUUUGCAAUUUGUAGCGUAGAAAAGUUUAAAAAAAUGUUUUUAAAAGGGUUUUAAACAGAUUAGGAUAGGUAGUGGUUUAAGUUGAUUAUGGGCACUGGACACCUAGGGUUUUCUUCCUCUUUGUCAACUUUCAGGGGAAGGGAGUGGCUGGAAAAUCAUUCUGUAAGUGCAGGCUGCCCUGCGGAGGCCAGACAGGAACAGGGUGCUGGGAGAUCGCAGACCUUAUGACACAGACGUGGUCUCUCUGGCAUCUCCUGCUUGCAGUAGGUUGUUCUUCCUGUUGAAAUUUAGGAGGCCCUGACCCCAGAGGAGUCCCUUUGCCGUGCCCUUGGUAGCAGGACCCCAGGCAAUCCCCUCAAGUGAAGGAGCACCCGCUUCCAGGGUCAACGGCAAAAGUGGAUACGUGGGAUUUCCUGUGUUCUUAUGUGUUCUAACCUCCCACCUUCGCGAGUUACUCAGAAAACUUGUAUUGAACAUGUUAGGAACGUGGUGCACAGAUGUCUUUCCUUUACCCCAUUUUCCUUUCAAGUGACCUUCUGCUUCCCCUUCUUCCUCUCUCCAGCCAAAAUGGAAAAACUUCUUUAGGGCAAUGAUUUACUAGAUUGGAGGGAGAAGAAAAAAGUUGUUAAAAUUCCAUAGGGAACCUGAACAUUGUAAGGAGGUGAGAUCGCUCCUCCCCAGAAAGUAAAGCUUUUGGGAACUCAAAAACUAAGAGUGUCCUGGUUGGCAGGGAGUCUUAUGUGACAGGCCCAGAGGAGGAAUUCCACUGUUCUACGACUCUUUUCUGCCUCUUCCCAUAUCAGAUGACUUGCACUUUUUAAGAGAGAAUUGCUUUAUAACACUAAUGUAUCCUUUCUAAAUAUUCAAGUGGAUUUUUCUUUUAAGGUCUAUGAAUUAAUGGACUUGGCUAAGCUAAGAUUCUGCAGAAUAGAGUAUUACAUGAUGGGCUGUUUGUGGGAAACGAAGAUGGAGUGAGCACUUCCGUAUAAUUAAAGCAAAACGGUAAGCGCAGGGUGAGACCCUUUUAAACAGAAUGUUAGAGAGAAAAUGAUACACUGAAAAGAGUGGCUUAUAUGCAGAGCAGUCUGUGGAGAAACCUCAACCCCCGUUUUUAUUUUCCUGAAGUCUCAAAGCAGAUCAGUCAAGUAUCGUGUGCGGAAAUGGAGCCGAGGGAAAUAUUCACGUGAACAGCCUGAGUUGCUUUGAGGGGAUGGAGGGCUGUACACACAUUGGUAAUUAUUCUGCACCAGCAGUGCCUUUUUCAUUGGGGGUUCUUGAACCCUCAGAUCCUCUUCUCUAAUAGCCAUUUGCCACCAUGGGUGGUGUUUGGAUCAUUUCCCCUGUAAACACCUUCCCAGCCUUCCCCAAAUGCUGAAUUUAGCUCUCAAAGAAGGAAGUGAAUCAUAAAGCCAGUGAAGACUCCACCUUCAGAGUGAGUUCCCCAAUCUAAGGAGAAGAGGGCGACUUCAGCAUGUUUUCUACCAAAAAUAGCAGGGCCUGAGACUGAUCUGGAUCCUUUUCCUUUUCUGGUCUCCCUCUGGCUGCUGCCCACCUCUGUCCCUGGGGUGGUCUGAGAGGGCAAGAACCCACGCUCCCUGCCUGGGUCCCGGGGCUGGGGGGCUGGGGAGACAGGCGGUUGGGCUUCUCACUUGCUGCAGUGUCAUAGCAAUAAAAUGUGAUUCUUGGGGUCCCCCCAGGGAGCUGCCCGUGGCUUUAUUUAUAAGUCUGGUUUCUGGGUAGUCAGGAGGAGUGACUGUGCUUUGGUGCAGAUCCUCGUCUUCCCAGGGCCAGGACUCAAACGAAAAGGGUGCUCGGACUUUUGUUAUACACAUUUACUUUGUGUAAAUAAAUGUUUACAAGUUUAUAUUAAAGAUGGAAUAAGAGUUAGAUCUGACUGUAUAUUUUUUACUUUUAUAGAUUUUAAAACUAUGAUCCUUUAUAUAUGUGUUUUUGGGGAGCUAUGAUAAGUUUUAUGGCAACAGUUGGUAUUGUUAACUUUUUACUGUCAUCAGAGUACAUAAAUAUCCUAUUAAUCCCCUUAUUCUUCUACUUCCCUUAACUCUGGUAUACACCAAAAAGAAAUCUUUCCUUGUUUUAUCAUUAUAAAAAUAAUAAAAGUAUUUUGCUAGUAUGGAAACUGCCUGUGCGUUUGACUUCACAUGGGGUGUGCUAGCAGGGUAAGGGGCAGACCUGUGUAUAAGUAUUUUGUUUGGUGGUUGAUUUUCUUCUGAGAUUUAUUGACUUUUUCAUUGCUACUGUGGUGGGGGUAUGUGGUUUAAGCCUCGGCGUGACUGCUAUCAUAUGAUGACAGCUAUUAAAUUAGAGUUAACAUCGCUCAGAGAACCCAGCCUUCCUCCCCUCUCACCAUUUCCCUGUGUCCAGUGUGAAGGAAGUUGAACUAGAUAACUCAGUAAUGUUUUAGGCCUUUAACAGUUCAGAUGUUUGAUUUAAAACCUUUAGGUUACCCUCAGAGCUUUUCUUCUCCAGGUCCUACUUAGUUUCUCUUUGGCAUAGAGUUUGGUUUCUUUCACCCUUUGAUACCAACC